AUGUCGGGGAAAAUGCAGCUAUUGCGACCCAGUCACACUCGGGCUUUGAUGGAGGUCGCCCAAACUACAGGGCCAGGAUGGUUCAUGACGACUGCAAUCCCUACAUUGAUAAGUGUCCUGGUGAUCGUCGGUGUCAACUUAGCGUCGGAGUUCAGCACAGUCGCUGCAGCCAUUGCGACAGCACCAACAGGGACGCCGGGGGUGCUGGCGACCUUAGCGUUCGCAUUAGGAUGUAACGCCACUGCCCGAUCGGGCUAUGGCAUGUGGCCGAGUUACACACUGAAGAGAAUCUCUGGCCAAGAUCCUCUCAAGGCUCCUAGGCGCCACAGAGACGGGAACGCGUCCACCGACACCAUCACCGCAAGAGGAAGAGAGAGGGAGACCGCGCCAGCCAAAGACGGGAUACAGCAUCGUCGUCCUCAAGUCUACUUCGACUUGAGCCAUGGCGGGAGCACAGCGAGAGUGAUCUUCGAGCUGUUCGACGACGUGGUUCCCAAGACCUCCGACAACUUCAGAGCGCUAUGUUUGGGAAAUCACAAGGGAAAGGACGGCAAUGCCCUCCACUACAAGGGGAGCUGCUUCCACCGCGUCAUCCCAGAUUUCAUGCUGCAAGGAGGAGACAUAACGAAAGGAGAUGGUACAGGCGGCGAGAGCAUCUACGGGUACUCGUUCAAGGACGAGAACUUCGCCAUCAAACAUUCGACCAAGGGUCUUCUGUCCAUGGCUAACUGCGGCAGCAAUACCAACAACAGCCAAUUUUUCAUCACUGUCAAAGCAACACCAUGGCUUGAUGGCAGGCAUGUUGUCUUCGGGAGAGUGGUCGAAGGGAUGGACACUAUCAUGGCUCUCAGCCGUUGCAAAACAACUUCGGGAGACAGGCCAACAGUUUCGAUUCUCGUCAAAGAUUGCGGCGAAAUUCUGGACGAGGAAGCGCAAAAGCAUCGCGAGCUGGAGUUGGAAAGAAAGAAGCAGGAGGAAAUCGAUGCUGGCAAAACGGAAAUGCAAAAAUCGCAUGAAAGGAUGAAACAAGAACGAGCAAAAAUUGAAUUGGAAGCGAAAAACGUCUGUGAGGCGGUUUCGAGUGCUGUCCAAGAAGGAAUCAAACGCAAGGUGGUUCCGGAGGCCAAUGCCAACAAAAGGAAAAAGGUUGGUAGCGGGAUGUUCAAAGGUUUAGAGGACGACAGCAGCGAAGAAGAAGAUUGA